GAUCUCAACAAAGCCAAGGAAGCAUUCCAAACCCUAAGCCAACAAAACUUCCUACCAGACCUAAGAGUCUACAAAUCUAUGAUCACCGCAUACGUAAAUGCUGGCCAGCCAAAACAAGCCGAGUCUCUGAUCAGAGAGAUGGAGGAACGAGAUGUGAAACCCACAAGAGAGAUUUAUUUACAGGUGCUCCGAGCUUUCUCCGGGAGCGGCCAGGUCGAUGGUGCCCGGAGAAUCGUCUACACUAUGCAAUUCGCGGGGAUUGAACCCAACCUUGAGUCGUAUAAGUUGCUCAUCGAGGCAUAUUCACGGGCUGGGGAUCCCGAUCAAGCUCGAGGGCACUUCGAUGACAUGAGGAGGGCGAAUAUAAAGCCGGACGAUGGUUGUGUCGCUAGUAUGAUUUCGGCAUAUGAGAAGAAGAAUAUGUUGGAUAAGGCAGUUGAUCUAUUGCUUAAACUCGAGAAAGAUGUGUUCCAGCCGGGCAUUGUAACAAAUUCGGUUUUGGUGGACUGGUUUGGGAGAUUGAAACUUGUGGAAGAGGUGGAGUUGUUGGUGAAGAAAAUGAAGGAGAGUGGGGAGGACCUUCCAUUGGAGGUUCAUGUUAGUUUAUGCGAUAUGUAUUCAAGAGCGGGGAAGGAGCAAAAUGCUCGACAGUCGUUGAAGAUUCUUGAAGGAAGAAAGGAUGUGAUGACAGGGGAUCAAUUCGAGCGGGUUAUGGGUGGACUUGUGGCGGCUAGGUUAUUGAAUGAUGCGAAGAGGGUGUCUGAUGCGAUGGAGGAGCGAGGUUUUACUCUAUCGGAGUCGGUCAAGGUGGGUCUGAUGGCGGCUCAGUCGAUCCCUCGCCAUCAAGCAGGUAAGAAGAAUACAAGGAAGGAUGGUUGGUAGGGGAGGUUUAGAGGUCAGGUAAAUCCUGUUUAUCUCCCCCAGUCUGAAUAAAAAGUAUGGUUCAGGUGCAUUGAUUACAACAAGCACAUUUGCAAAUU